CGCCGAUCUUCCCCGCGCCGCCACGCGAUCUCCCUGGCUCCCCCGCCGCCGUGUGACCUCCCCGGCUACCCCCCGCCGCGUGACCUCCCCGGAGCCCCCGCCGCUGGACCACCUCCCCGGACCUAGCGCCACCGGGCCUCCUGCCACCGGCCCUCACGGCCCAACGUGCAUCCCGCCGCGGCUCGCCGGGAUGAAGAGGCUGCUCGUUCAUGGCGGGAGGGCAAUCGGCUCCCCCUCUAGGAGCGCGGUGGGAGACCCCUCUGUCCUGCCCGCACUUGGCAACAGCGUUCUACUGCCCAGGUAUCAUUCGACCGAGAAACACGAUGACAGUGACACGCUGUGCAAAAUCGGAGAGAAGGAAAGGACGACGGCUGAGGAGUUCCUGAAGAUGGCCAAGGAGAAGACCGACGACUUCACCCAGGGCGCAAAGGAGACGGUGCAGGAGACCAAGGAGGCGGUGCUCGGCGAGUCGGACGAUGACAAGGACAAGUUCAAGUAGCGGGUCGAGCAGGAGAGGUACGAUCAGAAAAUAAGUGAGAGGGAGGUGUUCGCUUGGUGUAUGUUCGCGCGCAGUCAUGGCCUGCCAAAAGCCAUUAGCUCUGCAGUUUGUAUGUCAACCACUAGGGUUGGUAUCUGUAUGUGUAAUGUGAUCUUGGUACUAUAAAACUUGCCACU